GCCACGCCCCCGGGAGGCUGCGGUGUCGCGGUCGGCGCUGAGCGGGACCGGGAUGGGGAUCGGGACCGGGGCCGGUCCCGGCCGCAGCGUGGGGGGCUGGCGAAACAUGUCCACGGAGGCGCUGGAGGAGCAGUACUCCCCCAGCCGCUGGUCCCCGCGCAUGGGCAGCGACGCCGUCAUCCAAGCACACCUCGCGGCGACGGCGGCGGGAACGCAGCGGGCACGGGCUGGCACAGAGACCUCACUGCACAUCCCCUACGGCGGCGGGGAGGGGGAGAAGCUGGACAUCUAUUUGCCCAGGGAUACUUCUGGAACAUUCCCGCUCCUUGUCUAUAUCCAUGGUGGAUACUGGCAGUGCCUGAGUAAAGAGGAGUCGGGGUUUGCAGCCCCCCCGCUGGUGUCGCAGGGAGUGAUGGUGGCAGCGGUGGGGUAUGACACAGCUCCCAAAGGCCACAUGGACAUCAUGGUGCUGCAGGUGCGGCGCAGCCUCGCCUUCCUGGUGGAGCACUACAGUGGGAUCAGAGGUGUUUACCUGUGUGGACACUCAGCAGGGGCCCAGUUGGCAGCCAUGGUGUUGUCCACGGACUGGACAGAAUAUGGAGUGGCACCAGAUAUUAAAGGAGCUGUGCUGGUGAGUGGCGUGUACGACCUGGAGCCCAUUCUGCACACCUAUGUGAAUGAUGCACUGAAGAUGAGCCGGGAGGUUGCCCAGCGGAACAGCCCCAUGCUGUGUGUCACCCCACCAGCGCCUAUGGCUGCAGCUUGUGAGGUGCUCGUGGCUGUGGCCCAGCACGACUCCCCAGAGUUUCGCAGGCAGUCGCAGGAGUAUGGCCAGGCUGGGUGGAGGUCAGGGUCCAUCCUGCCAGCACCGCACUCUCCACAGGCCCUGCGCACAGCCGGCUGGUCUGUCUCCCUGAUGGAUCUUGCUGGCGUGGAUCAUUUUGACAUCAUUGAGAAGCUGUCAGAGGAAAGCUAUGUCCUCACUCAGGUGAUUCUGAACAUGAUUUCAAGAGCUUGACGGCAUGUCGGGAGCAAACAGAAGGGAACCACUGCCCUGCGUGAUGGCAACAGGUGCCUCCAUACACCCUGUCCUCCUGCUGCCUCACUCCAGCUAGCUGGGGGUCCUGCAGCACAGGCUAGUUGCUGCCUCCAGCCCUGCUCCUUGCCUGCUCCAUUCACUCCAGCCUGCAGUUGGCUAGGGGGGCUCAGAGCAAGGAGCACCAGGUACCACCCUUUCUCAUCUGGGCUUGCGUCUUUUGUUAGGCUGUUUCUGCCUGUCUGGAGCUCACUGGGCUGGUAGGGCUCUGUCAGGGUGACCAGAUAAUGAUGUUUGUUCCCUUUGUCUCCUUUAAACUGCUUAUUGCCAAAUAAAAUAGGAAUAAAUGCUGCUUGGGUGUGAC